UAAAAUUUUGUCAAAUUGUCAAUAUGGCUGAUGCAGCAUUAGCACGUCGUGAAGCACGAAGAAGAAAAAUAUUAGAGAAUUCUCAUAACAGACUUCAACUUAUAUCAGGAAAAAAUGGAAACGAAGUUAGCAAAGAACCUUCGAUUAAACCGCCAAUAUCUGAACCAAUCCAUGAAAAUUUCGUGUUCCAAGAAAGCAGCAUUUCCAACAAGUGUGUUCUUAACAAUGGUGUAAUAAAUACAGGAGAACCAAUCGGCUUUAUGUCAACGAAUCACGAGAAUUUUGCAAUAAGUGAUGGAGAUGUCAAUGCUUUAAGUAAUGACAUAGCAGCUUUUCUGCCUGCAACAUCUGAGCCUACGCAGUCGCCACCGUUAAUGGAAAAACUAUUUAGCUACAAGUACGAUAUAGUGCUAUUGUCAUUGUUAAUUCAAUUGUUUUAUAGUUUUUCGCUAGUAACUUUUGAUAACACAUACUUCUUCCUUCCCUUAUUAUUGUAUGUCACAACAAAACUAAUUUGGUUCCCAAAACAACCAACUUCUAACUUUACCAAUAUCCUUCUGUUAUUAAAUGGCAUGUCAGCCACCAGAGCACGGAGGAUCAUUGCUGUCACAGAAUGGAUUAGUGCGUUUUCGCAUGAUAUUUGUGUGUUUUUAUUCGUAACUAUUUGUGUACAAUCACUUUGUCAGAGUAUGAGAAGCAAUAUGUAGGAUCGAAUAUUUUUUAUUCAUCUAACUUGAAAGCAUUUUGAUGACUGAACAGUUUCAUUAUAAAAAAGUUAAGGUUACUGGGAAUGCAUUAUAGUUUGAUUGCUUGUGCCUUUUUAUGUAAGUGAGAAGUUGUGACAAGUGUGCGUUUUAGUCACAUAUUGCCAUUAUAGUUUUAAAUUUGUAAGUUUGUACAUAGUGAAAUAGAAGUUUUUGUAUUAUCAAAAAGUAGUUAUAUUGUGUGCGUCAGGUAUUUUGGGAAUAUGCAUAUUAUAUUACCUAUUUAUUUAUUCUUACCUUACAAUGGGUGCUGUGAUGUUUUUCUAUGUGGAACGUUGAGAAUGUAAAGCUACAUGUAAUUACAUUUUUCACUUGUUGCAUUUAUUAUAAAGAAUACUUCUCUA